AUGAAACAGAAAGAAAAAGAAAUGCGGAUUUUAAUGCUUGGAUUAGAUAAUGCAGGGAAGACCACAGUCCUGAAGAAAUUUAAUGGCGAGGACAUAGACACAAUAUCACCGACACUUGGGUUUAAUAUUAAAACUUUAGAACAUUUAAGUUACAAAUUAAAUAUCUGGGAUGUUGGAGGUCAAAAGUCACUGCGAUCCUAUUGGCGAAAUUAUUUUGAAAGUACAGAUGGUCUCAUUUGGGUAGUAGACAGUGCCGAUCGAAUGCGACUACAGGACUGCAAACAAGAACUGGAUGCCUUGUUACUGGAAGAGAGAUUGGCUGGGGCAACAUUAUUAGUGUUUGCAAACAAACAAGAUCUACCUGGUGCCCUAACUGCUGAAGAGAUAAAAAAUGCUUUGGAGUUGUCAAAUAUCAAGACACACCAUUGGUUAAUCCUUGACUGUAGUGCAGUGAGUGGCGAGAAUUUAUUGCAAGGAAUGGACUGGUUAAUAGAUGAUAUUGCUUCCCGAAUAUUUACAAUGGACUAA